GAUCACAUUUUAAAGAGAACAUCUAAUAGAAAACAGAAACAAUGGCCCGUAAGUUCUUUGUCGGUGGUAACUUCAAGUUGAACGGUUCCAAAUCAAGCAUCAAGGAGAUUGUUGAGAGACUCAACACUGCUCGUCUUGAUCCAAACACCCAGGUUGUCAUUGCACCACCUUCCACUUACUUGGACUACACCGUGGAGUUGGUGAAGACUCCUCAGGUUGAGGUGUGUGCGCAGAACGCCUACACCAAGGGCUCUGGUGCCUUCACUGGUGAGAUCUCCGUCGAGCAAAUCAAGGAUGUUGGUGCCACCUGGGUGCUUUUGGGUCACUCUGAGAGAAGAACCUUGUUCCACGAGUCCGAUGAGUUUGUUGCUGAGAAGGUCAAGUACGCCCUUGAGUCUGGCUUGAACGUCAUCCUUGCCAUUGGUGAGACUUUGGAGGAGAGAAAGGGUGGUAUCACUGAUGAGGUGAACCAACGUCAAUUGGCUGCUGUGAUCAAGCUCGUUAAGGACUGGUCAAAGAUUGUCAUUGCCUACGAGCCGGUCUGGGCCAUCGGUACUGGUUUGGCUGCCACUCCUGAGGAUGCCCAGGAGACCCACAAGAACAUCAGAGCCUACCUCAAGCAAGAGUUGGGUGAAGAGGUUGCAGAGGCCACCAGAAUCUUGUACGGUGGUUCAGCCAACGGUAAGAACGCCCCAACUUUCAAGGACAAGGCUGACGUUGAUGGAUUCCUCGUUGGUGGUGCUUCCUUGAAGCCAGAGUUUGUCGAUAUCAUCAACUCUAGAGAGUAAUUAUAAGUACUUUUCUGCCUUUGAUAAUGAAAAUAAAAGAAAUGCCUGAAUUGAAUGGAAA